CCCGCGAGCGCCAACCCAGGCGCUUCGUACAGUGAACACAAGCCAAAAACACCUCCACCCGACCUUCCCUCGCUUCUUCUUGACAGCCGGAUCAUCUACAUCGGGAUGCCGCUUGUCCCAGCAGUGACUGAACUCAUCGUAUCAGAACUGCUCUACAUGCAGUACACAGACCCUGCGAGACCAUGCUACAUCUACAUCAAUUCGACCGGCUGUCAGAGAGCAGAUGGAGAAGUUGUGGGCUUUGAAACUGAGGCGACAUCCAUUUACGACACUAUGAAAUACAUCGGUAACGAGAUAUUCACAGUCGGAACAGGUGUCGCUAUAGGUCAAGCCUGCAUGCUUUUGUCAGCCGGGGACAAGGGCAAACGGUUCAUGACUAAAAACGCUACGGCGAUGCUGCACCAACCAAGGGUACCCUCAACUGGUCAGCGGCAAGCAAUAGAGCUUCACAUAAAAUGGAAAGAGGUGCUGGAGCAAAAGAAAACUAUGGUUGACAUUUUAAGUCAAACGACCGGACACUCGAAGGAACAGAUUGACAAGGAUAUCCAGCGUCCGAUGUAUAUGACGGCGGAAGAUGCGAUUGCAUAUGGUAUCAUCGACAAAAUUGUUGA